GUAUUCAGAGGUCGCUGCUGUGCCUCCCGGACGCCAUUCUGAAAUGGUAAAUAGAGAGAGUUAAAAUGCCGUUCGAGGAAGAUUUUUAUUUACCCGAGGAAAGUGAGCUAACAGUUCAAGAAGUUAAUAUAUCCACUCCCUCUUUAAAAGCAGGUGCUUAUCAUUAUGGCUCGUAUUGUGAUAGGAAGAACAGAGAAUUUAUGCUAUGCCGAGCAGAAGAGAAAGACCCAAGAAAAUGUUUGAAUGAAGGUCGUAUAGUGACAGCGUGUGCUUUAGAAUUUUUUCAAAAAGUAAAAGAAAACUGUCGGGAUUCUUUUGAAAAAUAUGCCCAUUGUUUAGAAUGGAAUAGUGCUGAUAUGAAUUUUGAACCUUGUAAAAAAACUCAAGCAAGAUUUGAUAUGUGCAUGCUUGAAAAAUUAGACUUACCAAGACCAGAACUGGGAUAUCUUUCCAGAACCUAUGCACACGAAACCAACCGACCAAAACCACCUCCGAAGAAUCUGAGAGAAUAUAAUGAUCCUACCCCCGGUUUACCUGAUGAUUAUCCUAAACAAGAGCCUAAAUAUGGUAGCCGACUCUUUUUCACUUAACGAACCAAUAAUGUUAGGAUCUUAAUAAGGAUAUCUUAGCAUAGAUAUCAUUUGUUAUUAGUCUAUAAAAUAUUAAUGUUAAAUAUAGUGAUUGUAGUUUCACAUAUAUUUCACAAAGAAAUAAAAAUUAUAUGUAAAUUAUA